GUCAACAAAUCACAGGUGCGACUGGUAGGGUUGAGCUCGUUGGUUCUCGCUGCUCUUUAACAGGAUGGGAAAACACUACAAGAAAAAAGGGAAGGUGGUUGUGGCCGACAGGUUAAAUGAGGUUGUAUCCCAAGUGAAGGCCAAACAACUCUCAUUGAGAAAAGGGGCUGCAGCACUUGGAGUCUCGGUUUUUUUCUUGAACCAGCGAGUUAGAGGACUCGUUCCUACAGAAGGAUUUGUAGACAGAAGGGGCCUCGCUACUGUCCUUACUAUAGAGGCUGAGCUUCAACUGGCAGAAUAUUUGAAAACUCUCACCAAGUGGGGCUAUGGUCUGACCAGGGUUGAAGUCUUGGAUGUGGUAGGAAACUUCUGCAAGAUAAACAACACCAAGACCCCGUUCAAGGACAACAUCCCAGGACAAGCAUGGUGGAGCUCAUUUUGUAAGCGGACCAGCCUCACCUUGAAGAAUGCCGAACCAUUGCAGAUGAAUCGUCGCCAAAAUACAGCAGAUCCAUUUUUGAUCUAUGGAUUUUACGAUAUGCUGAAGAACCUGGCAAGUGAGUUGGGAAUCGAUAAUUUGGAUUCAGCUUGUCACUAUUGGAACCUAGAUGAGUGUCCCAAUAACCACGAUCCAUCAAAAACUAAAAUGGUGACUGGGACCGAACAAACCAAAGUUCGCAGGACAAUCCAAGGAAGUGGUCGUGAAAAUACUACAGUGAUGGCCUGUAUUUGUGCAGAUGGUACUUUGCUUCCACCGCUGAUUAUUUUUAAAGGACAAAACUUGUGGAAUGUGUGGAAAGGAAAUGCUGACAUUGUGGGCACUUUCUUUGCCUGUGCUGAAAAUGGAUACAUAACAAGUGACAUUUUUCUUGAGUGGUUUAAAAAAUUCACAGUGUCUAUCAAAACCCGUCCACUUAUCCUUGUUGUGGAUGGCCAUGUUAGUCAUCUGGAUAUCCGCACUAUAUUGCUUGCCAAAGAACAAGGUAUUGCAAUCAUCAAGCUUCCAUCUCAUACUACAGAUCUGUUACAGCCUUUAGAUCGAACAUGCUUUAGCCCUUACAAAAAGAAGCUGGAUACGACACUUAUCUCAUGGCAGAGGGAAAAUCAAAGAAGCUUGUCGAAAUCAGAAUUUGUUGAUCUGAUUUGUUCAAUCUGGAACGAGGGAAUUUCUUCACUUAACAUCAUCUCAGGUUUCAAAACCUGUGGAAUCUUCCCCGUCAAUCAAGACAAGUAUCCUGUUGACAGAUUGAAACCAGUAAAACUUCAGAAAUAUUUAGAUUUUAAGGAAAAAUCUGUAUCUCAAAUAGACCCAGUCUAAUCAAAUCCGGUUUCCGAUUCCAUAACGGCUGGAGGAUCUUCUGAAGUAUCAUCAUCGUCAUCACAACACCGAACACCUUUAGCUAAUGUAGACUUAAAUCAACCCAGCACUUCUCAUCAGAGUUUUGAAACUCUUUUACUUCAGAAGAUUGGAACUACAGUAGCCCCAAAACAACAAAGAAUGCAGAUAAAGCCUGAUGCCGCAGUGGUAACAUCUGAAGAGUUAUAUUGAGCACAUCAAAGCACGAGAGGAAUCAAAAAAGAAACCAACUGGCAAGAGGAAGAAAUCUGGGAAGGCAAAGAAGUCAUCUGAGCGCACAAGGAAGUCAAAGAAGAAGAAGCCUAAUGAAAACAUAGAGCCAGCCGAGGAAGAAAGUGUUGAUGACCCCGAUGAAGUUGAAACUGAAGCAGAGCCACAAAAAGCGUUACCUGUCCAGGAAAAAUAUUACAUCUUAGCUAAACAUGGUUGAGCACCACACAACCGACCGGAGUUUGGCUCUGAAUCAAGCAUGGCGGACCGGCAAACUCUCGCCACGGUGGCAAACCAGAGCGGAACCGAGGGCACCACUUUGUGCGUCCACGCGAAAGAGAACGCUGUCAAAACGCAUGAUGAAAACCCCGUUCAGUUUGAAGUGAGGCCAGGUGGUGGAAUCAUACCACCAUUAAAAGGAAAUCUUUAUCAAAUUCAAAUCGCGGCCCUACUUGCUCUGCGUGGACUGCAGCAUGGUUACAAGUUUUCUAU